AACAAAAAAACUAAACUGGCAGUCACCUAAAAAAGCCCGUAAUAAAAACUGACUAACAAGCCGACUAAUAUUAAGCAAGUAGAGUAGGUGAAUUGAUGGCGGAGGUGCACAUAAUCGGGCAAAUAUUGAAAGCUGUUGACUUUGCCGAGCCGCACCUGUACUGCAAGUGGAGUCUGCAGAGCGGAAACGCCUGGCGCCUGGUUCAGGGCGAGGUGCAGGGCCAGAGUCACGUGGCGGCGCACCGGCUCCAAAGCAGCUCGGACUUCGCCCAGCCGUUGGACAUCCACCUGAGCACCGCCUCCGUCCAGGGCUGGCCCCGCCUGCUGGUGGAAGUGUACGCCGUGAACGUACUGCAGCAGUCGUGGCCCGUCGGCUACGGGUUUGUGCACGUGCCGUCCACACCCGGUACCCAUAGCCUGGAGAUCGCCACCUGGAAGGUUGCUCCCAACGGCCUGUGGCAGUCGCUGCGCGAGCGUUUCGGUGGCGGAGGAGCGGCCCUCAGCAAGACGGAUCUGCUCUACUCGGGUGUUGAGCGUUACAAGUUGCAAACCCUGAGUUCUGGAAAGGUCAUUGUAGAGCUGAACCUUAUUUUCCGAAAGUUCGACAAAUACGGCGUGGAGUUCAAGUAGCCAUGAAAGCAGUGCUGCUACUAGCCGUGCUGUGCUUGGCCACACACCACCCCACACAUUCCAUUAAAAUUGGAAUUUCGCACAAUUACAAUACCACUAUUACGCCACCGGCUUCCACUACCACGGAGCCCACAGCCACGACUGCUGCUCCGAGCACCGAAGCGGUCAGCUCCAUCAGCACACUGCCGGAGGCGGAGGUGACCACCACUACGCCUGCAAUCACCUUUCCACCGCGGGUCCCACAGAAGCCCAAGGUGGCAGCGGCAGCUCCAACCACGUCGACGGCUCCCCAGGCGGAGGCGCUACCUUUGAACUCCACUGAAGCCACCUCCUUGCCGAAGUCCGUGGACCAUAGAUUUUACUACUGCUCCUGCGAUCUUCAGGCAGGCAGAUGCGACCUCAACUGCUGCUGCGACAGCGAUUGCCCUCCCGAAACUCGCCAGGUUUUUAACUGUCUGCCAAGUGCUUUGCUACCGCAGCUUGAAUCCCGCUUGGAGGAUUUCCAGUACACCCAUGGCUUGCCCACCUGCCAGAUCAACGAUGGCUGGUUAUGCGUGUUUCGCAGCAACACAAAAGCAGCAAAGACCCAGCCACAAGAUACGAAUAUCGAUACCUCGCAGUACAGAAAAUGGAGGGAUUACUUGGAGUACCAUGAAUCGGACUCCACACAGUCUCGUCCAGUAGCUGGGCACUACAAGUACGGGCAGCUCCUUCAGUUGUGGCAGCCAGAGACUAAUCAAUUGGCCACCUUAGCGUUGCCCGCCGCCUACGAAAGCCCCAAUUGUCAGCUGAGGCAGUCAAUCGGGCACUUGCAGCCGAUCAGGAACGUCUGCAGGAUGAAGGACUCCGCCCAACUGCAGGAGAGUAUCUGGGGCCUACUGAACCAGACUUCAACCUACGAAAUCCUGUCAAAACCGCGCGAUCUGGAGGAACAAGAAGUGAAAGGGCUGAUCGUACAAGUCUGCCUAAAGGAAGGCGAAAAGUCAUUGCGUUGUCUGGAGCGAGGAAACGACACCCAACUGGACAUUAUAGUGGAUCAAGUAAAUCUGCAACUGGUUCACAACUACACAAAUAUUUUAGAAGCAAAACUCCUUCUGCAGGAGGCCAAACUGGCGGAGGAUGACAACGAGCCACUUUGGGUUCGCUACAAUGUUGAGUUUAUAACACUGAACGAAUCGUUGGCCAAGGCCACUUCCGGGUCACUCGGCUACCUAGCUGGCUCCCCCGUAAUCCUGUCCAGAAUGUCACCACAGAACAGCAGCCAGGAUAUGCAGCUAAUAAGCUAUCACCGUUCUAGCCAAAACAUGAAAGAGUUUCACUGGCUUUCCCUGCCCUCCAGAAAACCACGAAGCAGCAGCUGCCAGCGCAAACUGGACCACAGGGAAGCUUUGCGCUUCGGCGUGGACCUCCUUACCCGAUGUGAACUGCACCACGCAGCGCCCUUGCACCAGGAACACGCCAACCACACCGAGUACUGCCAGGACUUGCAGGCCAAGAUAUGGAGCCUGCUGUUGCCCCACGACUGCGCCCAUCUGGAGGACGUGGCCAAGCUGUUCGUCUCCCAACUGGGCAGACCGGAGCCGGACAAGUGGCUGCCCAUGCAGGUGCGCUAUCCGGAGAACGCCCACGAGAUGCCACCGCCCGUUCAGGCAGUGUACGACGAAAUGACGCAGAGCCUGAGCUGUCGGAACAUCUUCCUCAGCGUUGGGUACGAGUUCCAUGUGGCAGAUCUGGCCCUGGUGGAGGGCAGAGCGCCACAUCAGCGUGUCCUGCAGCACGCACGCCUGGUUUUGGGCCAGCGGCAUUAUCUGGAGUUCGACACCAGCGAGAUUGAGGUGGCUCUUCCUCUGAGCGUUUCCGCCAUGUUCUACCGGAUGCACAGGAAAGCCCGCAGCAAUGGAGCUGCGGUGGAAAUCUCUGACCAUUUAGUGCUACUGGAAAUGAUUUGUCUAGGAACGGCACUUAGAUCCUUCAAACUUUUUCUCUAGGCUAGUAUUGGGAUGUAUUUUUGGAAUAAAA